UACCAGAUCCCAUCAUCAUGAAGGUUGCUCAUAUCUACCUGCUCUGCAUCCUGGGAGCCGCCCUGCUGUCUACAGUCCUCUGCAACAGUGGAAAUGCUGCUGAUAUGUGCUGCUUUGAAUACUUUCCAAGUCCCAUAAACAGUGAGCUGAUCUCUUCGUAUUUCAAGACUGGUCCUCGGUGCCACUUGAAUGCAGUUGUCUUAAUAACAAAACGAUCCCGCCGCAUCUGUGUGAACCCAGAGCAGCGCUGGGUGGUGAAGAUGAUCAAUUACCUGGAGAGUCAGUCCCUGGUCUAGAGAUCUAGAAGCUGCCUACCGUUCUGCUUUAUCAGAUCAUGUUAAGUACAUGUAGCAAUGCGAGCAUCAUUUCGGUAUCAGUGCUUUUAAGUUUCUGAUUUUGCUUCCAACAUGUAAACUUUUUUUUUUUUUUUUUUUGUAAUAAUU